ACAGUGCUGCUGUGUGCCUGCGCUCGCUCGAGCGCGCUCUCCUGUCUGUCAGUGCCGUUGCAGCAUUAAAAAUCCUCUCUACACACUCCAUCAUACACUCCGAAAUAAACUGCCCAGAGCUCUAAGUAUAUAUCAGACACUGCGUGUCCGAAGGGCACAGCUGCAGGCAGAGCAAAACAUUUGCAGGAAUGAUACUGGACAGCUGCCAGACACCAAAAUCUUGGUGCAUAGCCUUCACACGCAGAAAAAGCGACGCUGAUAGGUGGUCUGCCACGAGGAGCCUUCAGUAAACAGCCUGAUGGACGAGGAGACACCGCGCUGUUUACACUGAAACGCGUUAGACGCAGCACAGAGACGAGCGGAAAUGCUUCCUAGCAUCUGUUUCUUAAUCAGACGCAUUUAAAGUGAGGCAGAGAUGACGCGCGCGCUGCUGUGUUUCAUGAUGCAUCGGAGCACCCUCAUGCCUAAUUUUCUGAUAUGAAGCGAUUUUUUUUCUUUAUUUAAUGUACAAUCGCUGUGUCCUGCAGUAAAUCAGAAGCCUUAUGAGGAGGAUGAAAGCGUCGGUAUUUGUCGCGGUCAUGUCCUCGGUUUUAUUUAAUCCCAGUUUUGCCUUCAGUUCGCAUUUCGACCAAGGUGGCUCCCCGUUGAGUGAGCUGUCAUGGCCGUCCUCUCUGGCGGUUGUUGCUGUCUCCUUCUCCGGUCUCUUCACGUUUGUCUUCCUUAUGCUCGCCUGCCUGUGCUGCAAGAAAGGGGACAUCAGCUUCAAGGAGUUUGAAAAUACGGAGGGGGAGGAAGGCCAAGCUGACCUUUCCACUUUAGCCUCCCCCAGCUCUCAGAAUGACCCCGAGGUUUAUAUCCUGCCCCUCACGGAGGUCUCACUACCUGUGUCCAAACAGCCCAGCAAGUCAUUUCAGCAGCUGAAGUCUACAGAUCUCGGACGCCACAGCCUCCUCUACAUCAAAGAAAUGGGACAGGGCUGGUUUGGCAAGGUUUUGCUGGGGGAGGUGAAUGCUGGACUCAGUACCACACAGGUGGUGGUUAAGGAGCUAAAGGCCAGUGCCAGUGUACAGGAGCAGAUGCACUUCUUGGAAGAGGUCCAACCUUACUGUGUUUUGAUGUCUGAGUGUGUGAAUCCCACAGGGUGCUCCCAGCAUCCAGCCCUCCUGCAGUGUCUGUCCCAGUGUUCAGAAGUCACACCCUACCUGCUGGUUAUGGAGCACUGCCCCCUGGGAGAUGUUAAAGGAUACCUACGUAGCUGUCGGGCAGCAGACUCAAUGACCCCUGACCCUUUGAUAAUUCAGCGGAUGGCAUGCGAGAUUGCUUCUGGUCUUCUGUACCUUCACAAACACAAUUACAUUCACAGUGACCUGGCCCUAAGGAACUGCCUGUUGACCUCAGAGCUGGCAGUCAAAAUUGGAGACUAUGGCCUCAGCCACAGCAAAUACAAGGAUGACUAUUAUGUGACAGCAGAUCAAAUAUGGGUUCCUCUACGCUGGAUUGCCCCAGAACUUAUUGAUGAAGUCCAUGGCAAUCUCUUAGUAGUGGACCAAACCAAGACCAGCAAUGUCUGGUCACUAGGUGUGACGAUAUGGUAGCUGUUUGAACUGGGUAACCAGCCCUACAGGCACUAUUCUGAUAGGCAGGUUUUAACAUAUGCUGUAAAGGAACAGCAGCUCAAACUGCCAAAGCCCCUGCUGAAAGUGCCUCUGUGUGAACGCUGGUAUGAGGUAAUGCAGUUCUGUUGGCUGCAACCUGAGCAGAGGCCUGUUGUGGAGGAAAUCCAUCUCCUGCUAAGCUACCUGUGUGCUAAGGGGGCGACUGAAGCUGAGGAGGACUUUGAGAAACGCUGGAACUCUCUCAGGCCAAGUCUGGGCUCCAGCAGCUCUCACAGGACACCUCCACCUGAAGUAGCCUCUUCGACUUCUUCAUUUCCUCUACUUGAACACUUCUCUAUGGCAGACAGCUUCCAGUCUGAGAAUGGGGAUGAUAUAUUGACAGUAACUGAGACCAGUCAGGGGCUCAACUUUGAGUAUAAAUGGGAGCAGGCACGAGCUGAGCAGCCCUACUGCUCCUCUUCAGCUAGUGGACCACUGGGAAAGAAUAAUCCCCAUUACCAGGAUGUGUAUUACCCUCUUAUCAAUUCCACGGGUAGCUGCAAGGGUGAGAGCCUCCCUCUUGGAGUUUCUCCAUCCUACUAUGAGUCAGACCAUCCAGGUGUGGUUCCAGUGCUAAGUGCACACAGCCCUUCAGUAAGUAGUGAGUACUACAUCCGCAUUGAGGAACCAGUUGAGUGCAACAUCAACUUAGAAGACACCAAUCUUGGUUACAGUCCAAGACUUGAAGCCAGCAACAGUAGCUUGUCCUCUACAGGCAGGAGGAGCUCCAUUGGGUCUCAGCCAAACACCUACUGGUCAGCAGCUAAAGAACCCAACAGUAAUGAUUAUGAAUCAGAUAGUAGCCUAACCAUGGAGCCACUCCAAAGAACAGUUCCAAGCUCGGUAGAGAUAAAUCAGUCAGAUGUUUAUUUUUCUUCCAAUGACCGGCACAAUUUACAGUGUGAACAGUCACCUCAAGCAGGGCCAGUUGUUAAUUUGAUAAGAGGGCAUGGUUCAGACUCAUAUCAGCAGAGAAGAGGGUCGGGAAGCCUCUGCAAUAGACUGGAGGUGGUAAAGGAAAGCCCACUUGGAGUUUCAGUCUCUCUUAGUAGUCCCAGCUUGGCACAUUGUGACCCAUACCUUGAGUCUAACCAGAGGACUGUAGAAAGAAGUCUGGCUAAUAAGACCUAUUAUGACAUGAUGGGCCCCUUAGAAAAGAGCAUGCCCAAACCCCACUACAUGAGUAUUGAUAUUGAUGCCGGUGAUGGCCUUCUUUUGGGCAGAGGAAGUGCUGAUUCAGAAGAUGAUGAAGAUCUGUUUUCUCAGAACAUGUUAACUAAUUGGAACUCCAACCACUCAGCAAACAACAACAGUUUAAGCGAUCGUACACAAGCUGUGGGUUUUCGAGAUGCAUACCUUGAUUUACGUCACCCAACACCCUCUUCUCAAGUCGGGAAUUUGAAAUCAAGAGCGCUGGAGACAAGCAACAGUUGCACAUAUAAUUUCAUCGAUUCUCUUAAAAACUCAUACAUGGAAGCCACGGAUAGUAUGCCCACUGCUAGUAAACCUCACGCUGACUCAGAGGGUGGUGAAUACCUACAUUUAAGCCCUGAAAGUACUCAUGAUGUUGAAUCCUCUUCCAAAUGUCAUUCUGUCACAGAAAGUCAGCCUAUUCAUACAUGGCAGAAGAACAUUGCUCAUAAACAUAUCAAAAACAACACAUCAGACUUCCCUGUAGAAGGCUGCUCUAGAAUGAAUCCAUCAACUCUUCCAUCAGAGCUGGUAGUGACUAAAGAAAACAUGUUGCUUGAGACAAGGAUAUCCCCUGCACAAAAACUGAAACUUGGGACAGACGGUUCUGCUGAAGUUUUUGUAAAAAUAGUGUCAUGCCCUACGGAUCUAUCUAAGACCAUCUCAGAGUGUAACCAUUUGACAGACAGCAGAAUGGUGCCCGACAACUCCAAUAUCAGUCUAGUGGAAAUUAAUGACUGCAGCGAUGACUGCAUGGACAUCCCCUCUGGAGUAUUAGCAGAUUAUACCUUGGACUAUGCAGAGGUGGGCAAUAUUGACCUAACUCAUAGAACACUGCAGAGAGAGACUGGGUCCAGACACUGCGGGGACACAAUUAAUCUUGCCUCUAGCAGCAGUCCAUGUGAGGCCUUCAGCCCUGAUAGUUACCACACGUCCAUUCAGCCGAAAUCCGUAGACAGUGGCUAUGACACAGAGAAUAAUGAAUCCCCAGAGUUUAUCUUGAAAGACCUUGAAGGGAAUCCAGCCCUUAGCACUAGUGUAGAAUCAGACGAGUGUGACAUGUUGCUCCAGAUGGACCUAGAUGAAGAUGUCAGUGUAAUGCUCCUGCAUCCAUUUAGUAGUCAUCUACCAAUGAUCAGCCUUGGUGAGAGAAAUCAGUACAGAGACUCUGCUUAUUUUUCUGACUAUGACAUGGAGAAUGACAAGAGCCCGCGUGAAGGGGUCAACAUGUUCUUCAGCCACCAAGAUGAGGAUGAUGUCUUUGAACUCAAAGCAGAAAAAAAGGGGGCUCAGAAAGGAAUUUGGGAGAGAGAAGGACGUAGCAUGAAGAGUGAGAAGGGAAAUGACAUAUCUGUGCUGAAGGACAACAGUGCUGCCCUUAAUGCUAAACAAUUGUGUCUCAAAAAGACAAACCCAAAUCUCUGUCCAUCACCUGCAUCGAUUCCAAUGAUAUCUAUGCUUUCGCCCUUUCCUCCAGAGAUGGGGGGUUGCUUGACCAAGGAGUCAACUCCAGAUGAUGGAAUUGGGCUGGAAUCUGAUCACUCUGGAGAGGAACCAAACUCUGAAUGCUACUCUUCCACAGUGUCUGAAGCUUCUUCCUCAACACAGGAGGCCUCAGGUGUUGAGGAGCAGUUUAACGGAGACACCAGAGAUUUUUCCUCAGCAGAGUCACUAGGCUCAGACUCUACCAUAGUAGACUUCAGUGGGGAGAUAAUCCAAGCAGAGGAGCAAGAGGCCUGUAACAAAGUGGACAAUCCGGAGCUUCCAAGGGAAGAAAACAAUGAGGAAAUGGAAGUUUCAGUGGAGGAAGGUGGCAUAGGUUCAGCACUUUCAAAACCAAAGCGUGAUGAAUCCUUGGAGAAUAUUCUUCCAGCCUUGCCAGAAGACCUAGAUGUUCCAGCUCCACUGGGGAAUGGAGAGGAGGAGGAUUCAGAGGAUAGUGAUGAGUCUGAUGAAGUACUUUGUAGCUACAACAUACAGGAACAGAGUGAUGAGAGUGAUGAAGAGCUCCCUGUGGUGCCAGUCGUUGUGAGCGAUCGUAGCAGUGCACGGCAUCUACGCAGCCUCCUCAAAAUGCCCUCCUUACUUACACAAUCCUUCUGCGAUGAGCUGGAUAGCAAGAAAAAAGCGGUGUCAUUCUUUGAUGAUGUCACUGUGUAUCUGUUUGAUCAGGAGAGCCCCACAGGUGAGCUUGGGGACUAUAGUUUUCCUGUGGAUGAAGAACCCAAUGGCCAGGCUUCAGAGUUGGAGCUGCCACGACCCUGGGAUAGGGUCACUAACCCUGAGGAAUCACCAGGAAGGAAUGUCUCAGAAGAAAGUGGGGCAUUUCAGUGGCAAGAUGAUUUUCCAUUGAUUCAAAGCCCUUCAACAUCAGAACCUGGUUCUGAAGAGAUCGCUACACCACCCAACUCUCCCGUCACGUCUCCAGAUGAAAAACCAGCACCACCGCUUUCCCGAUUUAGUGUCUCUCGUUUUUCCAUUACGCAUGUGUCUGACUCUGACAUGGACUCCAUUGGAGGUAACAGUGAGAAUGGUGCCCAGGAGUGAAAGGGUCAUUACCCAUUUAAUUGAAGAGGUGUUUAGAACCCAUAUGGUUCGUUUUGGUCUCAUCAGACUGUGGGCUCUCCUGUAUCGCUAUAUAUUUUAGUUCUUUUAAAUGUGCUGGACAAAAGGGUCCUGUCAACCUGAUAUGCUGUUUGGACACAGUGCCUCAUAUUGUAUUGGAUUAGCCAGCCCUUCCCUUGUGUUCCUAGACAGAUGGUGGUUGAGAGACAGUUUUUUGAGGACAACAGUUAUAAAAACAGAAGGAAAGAUCUGUAUAACAACAUAUUUAUUAUCCAUGUAUUAGAACAUGAGGUAAGAAGAUUAUAACUUAUUUGCACAAUUCAGUAUCAGUAUCAUGCUGAAAUAAUUUUUUACACAUAACCUGUAGGAAACAAUAUAGAGACAAGGCUGCUCUCCUCAUUUGCUUGUCAUGCAUCAUAUUGUCAAUAUGUGGUUUAGAGUCUGAAAGAUCUGUCAUAGUGCUUUACAUUUUUCAGUUUGACUCAAUGAGCUGUAUAAAAAUAGUUACAAGAUGUUCUGCCCUCAUAAAAGAAAGACCCACAUUUAUUAUUAAGGGUGCAAAAAAAAUAUAUACAUUGAGCCCCUCACUACAAGCUGCUUAAAUGUGAUAUUUUCUAUAUUUGACCACUUUUAACUAAACUUUAGCUCAGGGGUGUUAAGGUAGAUAUAUUUAACAAAAGUAGAUAUAUUAACAAUAUAAAGCAUCACACUUAAACGUCCUCAACCAGUCUUAAACAGUGUUUUGCUUUAUUUUUAAUACAACAACUACCAACACUUUCAUUAACGACUUAAAGGGUUACUCCACCCCAAAAUGAAAAUUUUGUCACUGUUUCUACGUGUAUUUAGCUUUGAUUUGAAAGAAAACAGCGCAUACUUGUGGCGCGGAUGAUACAGAAGAGCAUACACAGCAU